AUGCUUCGUCGGCCGUACCAAGCCGGGCUGGGCCUGCAAGUCUGCCAGGCUUGUGAGCUUGUCUCUGGCAGACAAUCGAUGCGCACAGCCAAGCGUAGCUUCGUGACACUACAUCCCAGCAGACGCUUGGCCAACUUAUCACCACCAAAGCCUACCUGGAUGAGCGCCACUCGCUCCUUUGGGACCUCGCAGACAUGUCUAAAAUCAAAACGCCAGCAGACACCGCAAAGUACUACCCAGAACCCAAGCCCCUCGCCAAGCACGUCGGCCCAGGCCAGCUCACCGGUGGGGGACCAGGAUGUGCCAGAUUUGGAAGAGAUCAUGGCUGCCGUUGACCGUACCACCAGGGAAUUCACUGCCCAUUCGGGGAUCCCCUCUGAGCACAUGACGCUCACAGCGCUGCGGGCUUGUGCGCAGACGGAUGUCAGGCAAGCAGCAGACACCCAGACCAGUCACUCUGCCGUUGCUGCGGCCGAAGACAGGCCUGUCUCGAGACUCUUGGGCUUGGAAGGUGAUGCCGCAAAGGCUGGCCAAUCUAGCACCUCUACUACAGUUUCUGUGCUACGGCCGGAGGACGUUGUCAACAAGGUAUCGGAAGCGGCAUAUGCGAUCGUCGCUCAUCCCGCGGUUGUUAUCACCCCGCAAGUGCUGGAGGAAUAUGUUCGACUUCAGGCUCGCCUUGGCAGACCGCAGACACUGCCACAAGUCUUGGGUCUCUACGGCAGCAAACCCACGCCCAAGGAAGUGUCUGGUUCCAUCCGCUACACCGAUUCCAACCCGGGGAGAGCGAGCAAGGCCGUGGAUCCUGCCGUUGCUGAAGCUGCUCUCAAUGCGGCGAUCGAGGCCGAUAAUCUCGAGGCUGCCAUUGGAGUUGUGGAAGCAACAUACUCUUCCAAAUCCUAUCUGCGCGCAAAAGUUAUUAGGAAAGGGCUCCUUCCUGCAGGUCUAGCUGGUGCCGUGCCCUUAGCGCUCUAUCUCCUGGCCUCUGAGUUUGCCCAGUUUCAGUCAGCCUGGGACCAUGCGAGCGCCACCAAGAUUGCCUUUGCUGGCGCCCUUUGCUAUGUUGGAUUUACCGGCACAAUCGGGAUGGUUGCGGCCUUUACAGCCAAUGAUCAGAUGAAGCGGGUUACGUGGGCUAUAGGAACACCUUUGGGCCACCGAUGGCUCUACGAGGACGAAAGAGCGGCCCUCGACAAGAUUGCGUGUGCUUUCGGAUUCUCAGAGGAGCACCGGUACGGUGAGGAGGAGGGGGAGGAGUAUCUCUGGCUCCGGGAGUACUUAUUGAGCAGGUCUAUGAUCCUGGAUGCGGUGGACCUGAUGGAGGGUAUGAACUAG